CAGAUAAUCCAUCAUCCUCCUGCUGUUGGGAAACAGGGAUACAUGCAAGAGCACCAGCAUGGGAGCCAGCAUCUUGGGCAAGUCCUGACAUUGAUGAUGUGAGCCAGCAUCCUUGGUUUCAUCUUAUCAGUACUGUAUAUCCACCUUUCAGUUGUUUUCCAGUUCUUUAUAUCCAUUUAGCUGCUAAGGUGUCACAUAAUCCCAGUGAUCUUUGCAUGGUUGGCAAAAUAUGUGCACCCAUGUCUCACUUCACACUUAUUUCCUAAAUCUGUAGGCUUUUCCUUCUGUUUCUGUGAAGGCAGCAUUCCCUUUUAUCCUAGUUUUGGGACAUCCCUCCAUUGCCUGCCUAGGCUGAGUGGUGUGUAGUAGCAGAGAGCUGGAUCACCAGGUGCCUUGAUUCAAAAAUGCAACUCUCAGUUCAUCUCAUUGAUAUUACUCUCUCUUCCCACUGUUCAUUUUUUUCACUGUCAGUUAAUUUUAAAGGUGAGAGGCAAGGAAUUGCCUCACAGAAAGCAGGAUUGAGGCUGUUGGGGAUGUGCAUGGCACAGGUUACCUUAAUUUUGCAGAAGUACUUUUGAGGCAAACAUUUUUCCUUUUAGAGCUUGAGCAAAAAAGGAAAACAAAUUAUUUCUAGAGAAAGAGCUUUCAGAGUUUUUGCUGUAAUGAUAGAAGUGGUUAAUGUGCAUAAGGAUGCUGUUCUUUUCUUGAAGAGGGAUGUAAUGAGUGCUCACCAGUAGCCUCCUUUCUGUGUUGGCUGGGUGCUGGGAUGUGCUGGGAUGCUGCUGCCUUGGGCCAAUGCUGGGCUCCACAUCCUUCUGUACCAUUUUCCUGAGCCUCAGGCUAAUUGGAUUGUCUCAACUGGCCCCUCACUGCGAGUGCAGCUGGCUGGAGCUGGAGCGGGGUGCGGCGGUAUCGAUCCUCCACACCGGAUUGUUGGAUGGAGGCUCUGAUUCCCUGCCAGCUGAGUCCUUUCCCUCUGAUGGGAAUGACAUUUGAAGAAGCGCCGAGUGUCGCAGUGCCCUGCCUGAAAUCCUGCAAACACGCUGAGCACAAAUUGCUCAACCCCUGUUUCUUUUGUGCAGCCUUUGCUGUGGAGGUGAAGAUAAUGACUGAGAAGGAGCUCCUGGCUGUGGCCUGUGAGCAGUUCUUGGGGAAGAACGUGCAGGAUGUGAAGAACGUGGUCCUUCAGACGCUGGAGGGACACCUGCGCUCCAUCCUAGGGACCCUGACAGUGGAGCAGAUCUACCAGGACAGGGACCAGUUUGCCAAGCUGGUGCGGGAGGUGGCAGCCCCUGACGUGGGUCGCAUGGGGAUCGAGAUCCUGAGUUUCACCAUCAAGGAUGUCUAUGAUAAAGUGGAUUACCUGAGCUCCCUGGGGAAGACUCAGAUUGCAGCUGUCCAAAGGGAUGCAGACAUUGGAGUGGCAGAAGCCGAGCGGGAUGCUGGCAUUCGGGAGGCAGAGUGCAAGAAAGAAAUGAUGGAUGUCAAGUUCAUGGCAGAUACCAAAAUAGCAGAUUCCAAACGGGCUUUUGAAUUGCAGAAAGCUGCCUUCACUGAGGAGGUCAACAUUAAGACUGCAGAGGCCCAGCUGGCCUACGAGCUGCAGAGCGCCCGGGAGCAGCAGAAGAUCCGUCAGGAGGAAAUCGAAAUCGAGGUGGUGCAGCGCAAGAAGCAGAUCGAUGUGGAGGAGAAGGAGGUGAUCCGGAUGGAGAAGGAGCUGAUGGCCACCGUGAGGCAGCCGGCCGAGGCCGAGGCCUAUCGCAUCCAGCAGAUCGCUGAGGGAGAGAAGGUGAAGCAAAUCCUCCUUGCUCAGGCAGAGGCAGAAAAGAUCCGCAAGAUCGGCGAAGCAGAGGCUUUUGUGAUCGAGGCCAUGGGGAUGGCGGAGGCUGAGGGGCUGAAGCUGAAAGCAGAAGCGCUCCAGCAGUAUGGAGAAGCUGCCAGGCUGGCUCUAGUGCUGGAUGCACUGCCUGAGAUCGCUGCCAAAGUGUCUGCUCCCCUCUCCAAAGUGGAUGAGAUUGUUAUUCUCAGCGGAGACAAUAACAACACCAUGUCCGAGGUGAACCGUCUGCUGGCUGAGAUUCCCACCUCCGUGCGCGCCCUCACUGGUGUGGAUCUCACAAAGCUUCCCCUGUUCCAGAAAGCCACCGUGGCCAAGGAAUGAGGUUGGCCAACCCAAAGCUAGUGAAGAUCACUCCCUGUUAUGCACUCAGACAUCAACUGCCUUCGACACGUGGGAAUUCCUUUUAUAUCAAAGACAAUCUGGUUUUCAUUUGUAACUGGUGCCUUAUUUUGUAGGGCCAGAAAGAUGCAUGUCCUGUCUGCUGCUCUUUUUAUUCCAAGGGUGGGAGGGGAUUUAUUUUGUAAUUAACUAUGUAUUGUCUCAGGCCAAUCCCUCCCCAGAUACGACUGGCAGCUUGUCUGGUGUUGCAGUCCCGGUGCCUUGCUGUUCUCUGCCCUCAGGUGAGCGCCCAGAGCUCGAGGCAGAGGCUUGGUGGGAUGUGGAGCUGUAGGAAGAGAACAGCCAGGACCCCCCUGCUCUCCCUCAGUGACCCUCCUGGGCACUGCCCCAGCCCUGUCUCCCACAGCUGUCCCUGUGGCUGGCUCUCCCUGUCCCAGUGUCUCACCCCCAGUGCCCCUGCAGUGCCAGCAGCCCUGCCCAGGCUGGGCUUCCCAGAGGUGGCAGUCACCCCCCAGGAGAGUGACAACCCAGCACUGCCAGUGGUGCUGCCCACUCCCAUGCUACUUCCCCUUGAGGAAGUUUCCUUGUGGGAUCUGGAGCGGGGAAAGCUCUGAGGGGCAGAGGGAGCCCAGCUCAGCCAUGGUGAGAUCCCACCACCAGGAAUACCAAAAAGUAGUGCUGUGCCAAAGCCACCUGUCCCCUAAGAGGGCAGGGAAGCCACUGCAGCUGCUGUCCCUGGGUGCUGUGGUACAUCCUGACCCCACAACACUAAAACUGUGGGUCAGAGGUGGGGGGAACCAGCAGGACACUUGAGUGGGGACAGGCUCCUCCUGUACAGCUGCCUGGGGACCAGUGGCCCUGUGGCUGGGUGCUGGCCAGGACCUGCCCCAGCAGGUAGUGCAGGAAACCCUACCUCACUCCCUCCCCCUGCCUCUUAUGGCCAGUGGCUUUGCUGCCUUGUGACAAUGUGAAAGGGGUUGUCCCGUGUGUGUGUCCGUCCUCCCUGCAGUGCCACCAGGGCCCUGCGCUGGCCCAUGUCCCUUCCCCGCCUAUCUUGAUGCCUGUGCUCGAUGUGGCUGUUACAGCCAGACCCGUGUGUGAGGUCAGCCUGGCGCUGCUGGUGAGGUCAACCUGCACUGUGGUGGGGUUUUGGGGGUCCCUCCACUAGCUCCUGCACCCUCCAGCUCGGUGCUGGUUUCCAUAGAGUGGGGGAAGGUCCCUCUCCACCGUCCCGGGGGACAGCCAGUCCCUUUGCCGGGAGUGACCCACUGCAGAGGGGUGGGUGCUGCGGGGCCCCCCAUCCCCUCCCUGCGGCCGGGGCGGGGGGACCGGCAUUAUCAGCCCCCGGCUGGUGCCGGCCCGCGGGCGGUGGGUGCAGAUCUGGCGCUGGCCAG